AUGGCUUCUUUAACUCUGUCUGAUCCGGUCGUCCAAUCUUACAUAGUGUAUUCGGCGGUCUUGGCACUCAAGCUGCUGUCCGUGUCUACACUAACGACGCUGACGCGCAUGGCGAAAGGAAUAUUCUCGAAUCCGGAGGACGCCACGCUCUUCAGGGGAAAGGUUAAAUACGACGACGGGACCAUCGAGCGAGUGAGGCGCGCGCAUUUGAACGAUCUGGAGAACAUCCCGGCGUUUUGGUUGCUCGGCGCCCUGUACCUGACCACGGGGCCAGUGGCCGCGGUGGCGACGAACCUGUUCCGCGUGUACACGGUCUUCCGCGUCAUCCACACCAUUGUUUACGCAGUGGUCCCGCUGCCCCAACCAUCGCGCGCCAUCGCCUACGCGGUCCCCUACCUCAUCAAGUGGUAUAUGGGCAUACAAGUCGUACUGUAUUACAUCACGGCCGUG